GGGCAUUACGCUGCCUUCACGCACACAGCGCUGUUGUUGGGGAAGUUCGUAGAGGUUCGAGAGAGCUUUGCUAGCUCUUCAAAGCGAGGGAGCCUUGGUUUCCAUCCUUUCCAUCUCUUUCUCUCCGUCUCCCGUUCUCUCUUCCUCUGGCUGUUCCUUUGCCUUUUUCUGUCCCCAAUAACUGGGACAGGAAAAGCUUUCUCAGGAGUGGAGUUUCCCCUGACAGUGUCCAGAGUGUUGGAGAGGAUAAACAACAUGACCUGCUAGCAACAUACAGAGCAAGAUGGACAGGCAAUAACAAAGAGUUACAUCAGGGGUGGUGUUGGUCCGUUAUGACAAGCUGCUGUGCAGAAGAUGACCACCCUUUCUGCAACUGAUAUCAGUGAUGUUAGUCAUGUGUGUGUGUUCCCUGCAGGGGAGAGUCUGGGCUGUGUCAGUAAGGAGGGCUCUUCAGUUGCAGAAGUGAAACAUGAGGUUCAUUCUUCUCCAAGUCAGCCCGCUUCAUUCUCCAGUUCUCCUGACGAGCUGAGCGACACACUGCCCAUGGAACCUAGCGACAUCAAGGUGGAUCCCUCCACUGACACACCUGCUCCAGAGGGCCUGCCAGUGAAGAGGAAGAAGGGCCCCGCUCCCAAAAUGCUGGGAAAUGAGGUGUGUAGCGUGUGUGGGGAUAAAGCCUCUGGCUUCCACUACAAUGUGCUGAGCUGCGAGGGCUGUAAGGGCUUCUUCAGACGCAGUGUGAUAAAAGGAGCACAGUAUGUCUGCAAGAGCUCAGGCCGCUGCGAGAUGGACAUGUACAUGCGCCGCAAGUGCCAGCAGUGCCGGCUGCGGAAGUGCAGGGAGGCAGGCAUGUUGGAGCAAUGUGUGCUCUCAGAGGAGCAAAUUCGGCUUAAAAAGAUGAAAAAGCAGCAUGAGGAGGAGGCAGCCCGGAGCUCUACUGUAGCCACCCCCAGCCCAGCCCCUGAGGUGGCCCCGCUGGCUCCUGAACAGCAGGAAAUGAUCGAGAAGCUUGUGGCCAUGCAGAAACAGUGCAACAAACGCUCCUUCAUUGACCGGCUCAAAGUCACCCCAUGGCCACAGAGUCAGGACCCACAGAACCGGGAGGUGCGGCAGCAGCGUUUUGCUCAUUUCACUGAGCUGGCAAUCAUGUCAGUGCAGGAAAUCGUAGACUUUGCUAAACAGCUGCCUGGUUUCCUGGAGCUCACUCGUGAGGAUCAGAUCGCCCUGCUCAAGACCUCUACAAUAGAGAUAAUGCUGCUAGAGACAUCUAGGCGCUACAACCCAGCAAUGGAGAGCAUCACUUUUCUCACUCCGGACUUCAGCUACAACAAGGAUGACUUUGCCAAAGCAGGGCUACAGAUCGAGUUCAUCAACCCCAUCUUUGAGUUCUCUAAGGGCAUGAAUGACCUGCACCUGGACGAGGCAGAGUAUGCACUGCUUAUCGCCAUCAACAUCUUCUCAGCAGACCGUCCCAAUGUGCAGGAUCAUGAUUUAGUGGAGAAGCUCCAGCAGCCAUACGUGGAUGCCCUGCAUUCAUACAUCCGGAUAAAAAGACCCAAUGAUCAUUUGAUGUUCCCACGCAUGCUGAUGAAGCUGGUGAGCCUUCGCACCCUCAGUAGUGUGCACUCUGAGCAGGUCUUUGCCUUGCGCCUGCAAGACAAAAAACUCCCACCACUGCUCUCUGAAAUCUGGGAUGUCCAUGAGUGAAGCCCCAGCCAGCCCCCAGGACAGAGUCAGCAGAAUCAGGGUAGUGUGGCGGAUGGGUAGUGGGGAGCAUAGCCUCACAAUGUCCUUCAGGCCCAAGACGUCACUUUGUAAUUGGCUCGGCCUUGAGGAGGCUGGUUUUAUCUUUCUAUUUACACACAUUUAUGCUCUUCUGUACAGGAUACAGUGGUCUGCUUACUCAGAAUGAGCUUUCUAAAGACUGUGUGGCCAGAUGAGGCUUUGGGACUGUUCGUGCCUAAGCCUGUGUGAAUUGCAUUGGCAGUACUGGUUUUUCCAGCAUUGGAGCUCUGAGAUGUAGUAGAUGUUAUGGACCCAGAAACCUGCUCACUGGAAUGAAUGACUACAAAUUGCUUCUUUAAGGUGGUUGUCUUGUUUUUAUUUCAUGUUUUGAGUACCAAAAGUUCUAAGCAGGUCUUGGCAAUGGUUCCUGGUCUUCAUUGAAAUAAUUAUCAUUGUGGCUCUAUGUUGUUCCAUUUUGUUUUUGCUGUGGCCACAUUUCCUCUCUGACAACUUGGAACAGAAUAGCUCAAAAUGAAAGGGUUGUAUUCCACAAGCCUACAGUUGCAUUACAUUACCAUUAUGCUAGAUCAGAUGCAGGAAGUUUGUGUAGCACAGGUUUAACAAGGUUAUUGGAGGGCCAUAACAAAGAGUUUAUCUCUGUGCUCUGUGAGCAUCUUUCAUUCCUAAACUUUGUGAUGAAAAAGCAGUAGAGUUUAAACAUUGCUGAGGAGCAGUGCUCCUACAACAUUUUUAUUUGAAAAAUAUAAAGCCUCUUCCAAACUACACACUUUUUUGUUUCAUUGUAAAUAUUAAAAGCUCCUGAUAUUUAAGGGAUGUACUGAUGUAGUGAAGGAUUACUGUGAAGUGUCCUUGGAGGUGUAAUAUUCAUAUUAAAGCCAUGUGAUGUAACCAGUUAUUCUAGAAUGACAACUUUAGUGUGAAAUGUGUUAGUGUAGGAAUUGUAGGAUGUGGAAUGUGAAAGGGGCAAUAUGAAUUUUUUCAAACAUUCUCUCUUGGCUAUUUGGUUCCAAGUUGCAACAGUGAAAAUGUGGCAAAAGCAUCAGGAUUCUGAACUGACUGAUCAGUUGGGUAUGCCAGAGAGCCUCUCAAUCGGUGUUCCUACUUAAUGAAGUCAUGGGUUUAGAACUUUCAUGCCUACUGCAUUAUUCAUUUACAGAUGUGAGCAUGCUGUUUAUGUGGAGAACUUGGGCUUAGAUAUGUUGCGUUAAAAUCUCAUGUUCACAGUCUAUGGAGUGAAGAUGAUGAUGAUCGAAAUGCAAUCUUGGGUUCAUAUUACAAGGACAAAAUAAAUAAAUAGAUAAUCCAGUGAGCCACUUACAGGGAUUGGCAGGAGUCACUGGACCUGUCAACAUAAACCAGUAUGCUGCUCAACUUAAAAACCUGCUGUAAGGCUGGCAAGAAACUGUGUGAAAAUCAUCUAACCAUUAAAUAUAGGCCUAGGUUUCACUUUUUGUGUUCUACGGUAAUCAUGUCCAUUUACAGAGAUCUCUCUGCUGUUGUUAAGUGGUUUUCUUGCAAAUGGUGUUUUACAAGAUUUUAACCAUUGUUUCUAUUACUGCAAAACCUCAGUGUCCUGUUAUUGUUGCAAAAAAAAGAAUACAACAGUACAAUAUCAUGGGUCUUCCGAACCAGGGGCUAAAUUAGCUUUUCAGUGCUAUUUCUUAUAUCCUUUUAUGAGGUUUUAGUAUUGAACCCAAGCUCUAACAGCUUUGUUUGCUUUCUGCAUUCUCAUCUUUAACCACUUCUGUCCAUGCUAAUCAGACAACGUUUGCUUGGUAGUUUUUGUCAACCACUUCAACUCAUUCUUACCACCCCAAAUCAGUUACUUUAUUAUAAAGGUGAUGCUUUGAAAUUGAAUUUAAUCAUCUUUUUACAGUUACAUUAUUGUUUUGCAUUGUAGCUUGGUAUGGAAUGUCUUACCCUGCUUCUGGUUAGUUGGUGAAGUGGCUUUGUCCCUCUCUCAAAACACCAACAACAUGCAAAGACAAAAACCUCAAAGUAGCUACUGUACAUUGGUCACUGGUAGCUCUUACAGGAAUUAGAAUAAUACCAGCACUUUAGUAGGGUGAACUUGGGCUUGGAGUUUGGCCUAGAACCAAAUCAAAUUUCUGUAAAAUGUUGCCAUAUUAUUAUUAUUAUUAUUAUUAUCAUUAUUAUUAUUGUUUUUGUUGUUUAUGUUUUAGGAUUUGGCUUGUAUAAUUAGCUCCAGCUAAUUGACAUGCCUUAGUCCUGGUUAAGUAGUCAGUUUUUCUAAUUUCAUCCCAAAUCAAGAACUGAUGAAACAGUACUAUGUCUCAUUACUUGUGAACUUGCACAUUGUACAUUGAAAGGAUGUGUAAUCAUUUGAGCACUAAAAUAGCUUGCAGGCUGCAUUGAAUUUUGCAGGGGUUAUCAUUGAAUGAUUGGGAAUUGAGCUGUUAGGUUUGAACAGCACUAUUUUGUAGCUGAAUAAUGAUUUGGUCGUGUUCUUUGAUGUUGUAGAAUUUAUCUGAAUCAGGAAGGUAGAGUUUACAUUAUAGGUUUAUAACUGUUAAAUUAUACCAUUUGCUUAAUUGCAGUAAGUGUAUAAAACCUUAAGCCCUUCUCCUUGAAACAUGCCCUGAAGACCUGAUGCUUUUCCUUUCUGCAUGAUAUAUCUUUGAGACUGUGUUUAAAAAAAAAAAAAAAAAAAAAACUUUUGUUGUCAAUAAUGUUAAACUCUUUCAAAAGGUAAUUGAAAUACUAGUUCCUCUUAGAUGUGAGAUUUAUAAGCAUUAGACCUGCAAUAAUUCUGUCAAAAUGAUACUAGGUAUUUUAAUCUGAUAGUGAGGACAAUUUAAAGGUAAUUUGCAAAUCAUUAGAAUCAGUUUUGAGUUAAAUACAUACAUUAACACAUUACAUUCUUUUAAAUUAUAUACUGUACAAGUGACUUUGUAUGUCCUGUUGAUCUCUCAUGACAGCAGUACACUUCAGUUCAUAAACUGGUCCUUGUAUUGUUUUGUUUUCUAAUCCCACACAGAGGAAACACCUUCCAUCAAAGCAGUGUGCAUUUGCAAUGUCUACUUCCAUUUUUCUUUCUUCCAAUCAACAUUAAUAAAUGUGUUGGCUUCUAAUGGAUUGUACCAGGCGAGCGUUUAGUACAGAGUUGAUUGUAAUAAUUUAUUUUUAAUGCCCUGCUGGGUGGACCUUUUACUCUUAAUUAAUCUGACCUCCUGUGGUGUGGCAUCAAACGAUGGUGACAUAGGAAUGCGAACUUGUUUUAACGCCUUAAGUCCUUGAAUAAACUGCUUUAUAUGUAUAAAUUAAAAUCUGACAAAUUUUAUUGUUCUGCCAGAGUGUGUGUGUAUGUACAUGUAUGUAUGUAUGUAUGUAUGUAUGUAUAUGUAUAUACAUAUAUAUUGUAUAUACAUACAUAAUAUACAUAUAUAUAUUGUUUGUUUGUUUGUUUGUUUGUUUGUUGAAAAAGCUGAAGAAAUGUAGAUGACUAAACACCUCAACUAUUCUUUAUACAGAAAUAUAUUGACCUGAAACAUGGAACUGCUCAUUGUCUGUGUCUUUUUAUUCUUCUGCAGUUUUUAAUAGAUUGAGUUUACCUUGUAAAUAAACCUGAAAGUCAAAA